GUGAGGUCCUCGCUGCCCGCCGACCUCCUGUAGCGCUGCACUGCAGCGACGGCGAGUACCAAGAUUGAAGGGCAGAUGGUUGACAGAAACUGUGUUAAGAGCUCCUUACACAAGUGAAGGAUGGGCACAGUGCGAAAGACUGCCUAACCCCAUCAACCCCGCCAAACGAUUGCAGGCUGGAUUCCUGUCCACCACAACUGUCACCUUUAACCCUCUUGGGAAACCACAGCCUCCACUCCCCGCCCUCGAACCCUUUGAAGCAGCACUCGCGGGCAGCAUCCCCGUCGAGCCUCCCACCAUCCACCACCAGCAACCAACUUACACCGACCGCAUCUCUGUAUUGCCCAUCUGUCAAUCUCGCUAUCUUGUCGGCUUAUUCCACAUUCCGAGUAGAAAGGAGUCCGGUGUAGUAGUAUUGCCUGAUACCCCAACAGACCAAACAGCUCUGUUCGUCACUCAUCAAAGCCCAAUCUGUGUCUCCAGUAACGGUCAAAGUUACCCCACGUCAGGAGCGGGAAGCACUCAGAGUGAACGCAUUCCGUCAUCGAGGCUCGGCUCGGAAGACGCCGAAUUCGUUAACCACACAACAGGUCCGUCUCAGCAGACCAAGCUUCACAUUCGGAUCCGGACUCCGGGCAGACCAUCUGAGUUGUGCUCCCGUGUUCACCACGUGAAUCGGGCAGCCUUCUCGUCAAAGCCCGCUCCUGGUUCAUCUUCCUACAACAUUAUGCCCGAGUAGCCAGGCCCCAAAGGAAUCCCGUCUUCGAGAUCCGGCGUGAUGGAUCCUACCAUCCAGCGCGCCCUGAACGACAAGCUCUAUGAUAAGCGCAAGGUUGGCGCUCUCGAUCUUGAGCGCGUCAUUCGCGAGGUAGUUGCCAAACAGGAUAACGCCAGAAUUGAGGCCAUUCUCGACCAGCUGUGCAACGACUAUGCCUACGCUGUCCACCAGCCCCAUGCCCGCAACGGUGGGUUGAUCGGCCUGGCCGCUGCUGCCAUUGCCUUGGGUUCUGAACUCGCCAGAUACCUUGAGGUCAUUGUGCCACCGGUCCUAGCCUGCUUCACAGACCAGGAUGCACGAGUCCGAUACUAUGCCUGCGAGGCCAUGUAUAACAUUGCCAAGGUCGCAAAGGGCGAAAUCCUCAUCUAUUUCAACCACAUCUUCGAUGCCCUCUGCAAGCUUGGUGCCGACUCGGAACUGUCAGUCAAGAACGGUGCCGAGUUGCUCGAUCGUCUCAUCAAAGAUAUCGUCUCAGAAUCAGCAGCAACCUACGUUUCUGUCUUGGAGCAGCCGCCGCCAUACCAAGAGGACGAUAAGGACGUUCUGGAUGACACGAAUGAACUGCCAACGGCCUUCUCCCUGAAGAAGUUUAUACCACUUCUUCGUGACCGCAUUUAUGCCAUCAACCCUUUCACACGGACCUUUCUUGUGGGCUGGAUUAUUCUCCUGGACUCUAUUCCAGACCUGGAGCUUGUCACUUUCCUGCCUGAAUUUCUCGGAGGCCUGUUGCGAUUCCUGAGUGACCCCAACCGGGACGUUCACGUGGCGACGCAGGGCUGCUUGGACAAGUUCCUCAACGAGAUCAAGAGGAUCGCCCGCAUCAAGAAGGGGGUCGCCGAGAGCAAAAAGUCAAAGGGCGAAGGCAAACGGAAAAGAGAGGACUCGGUUGAGAGCGGGAGCAUACGCCCCACUCUCGAAGAAGGCGACGAGGUGGAUUCCGAAACGGCAGCCGACGACGAUGAGCUGGAUAGCGAGGAUGACUGGGUUCCAGGCCAAGACGUGCAGAUCAACCACAAGGCGAUUCUGGAGAUUCUGACUGCCACACUUGACUCACCGCUGGGUAAGCCGCCCUUCGACAACGGUCGCCAAAAGACUGCUAAUCUCACCCCGAAUCCAGAAGAAGACGGACUGCUGGAGUCGCUCCGCUGGAUUGUCGAAUUUCUUGACAUCUGCCCGGAGGAGGUACUCCCGUUUACUCCCAAGAUUCUAGCUCAUCUCUUGCCAGCAAUGGCCAGUGGGGUUGAGUCAAUUCGCCAGGCUGCCGCCAGGGUCAACACGUCACUGAUGGACUAUGUCGUCUCACUCUCUGACGAUGCUGAGCUCGCAAUCAUUCCGCACCAGCUGUCUAGGAUGCCGCACGGCGAUCGCCAGGACGGAACCACAAGCGCCCGGGCAUCCCUUUCCAGCUCGAGGGAGCUUGAGAUACGAAGUCCCACCCCGGCCACGGGCAAGCCUCUUCCACGGACUCCAACCCCGGGCACGUCUGGCACUUUGCAACCACAAGCAGAUCUUGAUUAUGCCGCUGCGGUAAACUCACUAACCCUGCUGUUUUUGAACGACCACGAAGCCACCCGUGUCGCUGCCCUCACGUGGCUCAUCAUGUUGCACCGCAAAGCACCCAGAAAGGUGCUGGCGUUUAACGAUGGCACCUUCCCUGCACUUCUCAAGACACUCUCUGACCCAGCCGAAGCAGUCGUCACCAAAGAUUUGCAACUACUUUCACAGAUAUCAAGGAAUAGCGAAGACGACUAUUUCACCAAUUUUAUGGUAAACUUGCUGCAGCUGUUCUCAACGGACCGGAAGCUUCUCGAGACAAGAGGAAACCUGAUAAUUCGCCAGCUUUGUACCAGCCUCAGCGCGGAACGGAUAUACCGGACGCUUGCGGACUGUAUUGAGAAGGAGGAGGAUGAUGGACAAACAUUCUUCGUGGCGCUCUUUCGAUCGUGGUGCUAUAACGCUGUGGCAACGUUCUCGCUUUGUCUAUUGGCGCAGGCGUACGAGCAGGCAUAUAACCUCUUACAAAUCUUUGCCGAGCUUGAAAUGACAGUCAACAUCCUCAUUCAGAUUGACAAGUUGGUGCAGCUCCUGGAGUCGCCGGUCUUUACAUACCUUCGUCUCCAGCUUUUGGAGCCAGAGAAAUACCCGCAUCUGUACAAGUGCUUGUAUGGCCUUCUUAUGCUUCUUCCGCAAUCAUCGGCCUUUGCGGCUCUCAAAAACCGGUUGAACAGUGUUAGUUCCAUUGGGUAUCUGCAUAUUGCGCCGAGACCCAACGCAACAACACCGUCGGUGCCCUCAUUUGAUCGCCCCAACCGAUUGAAGGGCCGGGAAGAAGGCAUCAUCCGUUGGGCUGAGCUCUUGGAGAAGUUCCGGACGGUGCAAGAAAGGGCAAGGCGUCUACAAAGGCUGGGCGCAGACACGGAUGAUUCUCCGUUUGGAGUAGGAGAUCUUAGGAUAGGUGGGGGCGAUGGAACCGGGGACAUGAAGCCGGCGACAGGAAGAGAAGGCGGCGGUACAGGGCCUUCUCGGAAUGCAGCAGGGGGCGGUAGGGACUCUCCGGCCGGCGGAACGAAUAACGCGAACUCGGCAUCGUCGAAACCGGAACCGCCGCCAAAGACCAGGACUGGACUGGGGAGACAGCUGGGGAGGUUUGGGGUGGCUGGGCGAGGCAAGCGGAACCCCUGAUCCGAAUCUCUUGUUGCAAGUUGUUUGCCCCGCAUCAACACCCAGCACUACCUGGCUGUCCUUUUGGAACCCGUUUUUGGUUGUCAAUUUUGUUCUGAAGCGAGCAGGCGAGCGCGCGAGUUUGGUUGAUGGCUUUGACUGCUUGGUGCUUGAUUUACAUGAUUUUUGGUUUUGGGGUUUGUUGUUUUUUUAUUGCAUAGUAAAGUUGGCCUCGUUUUGUUUACUUUAUAUCAUGCAUGCCUUGGUUUGGCUUUUUUUUUUCUUUUUUUUUUUGGUCCCCUCCUAUACUUGGUCCGUCCUGCCUUUUUGCUUGCUCAGUGCCACACAACAAAAGAAGACAAAAACAUUCAGUGACCAAAGCUUAAGUGAUAUCCUUCUAACAGGUACAAUCUAUCUCUAGACCAUCAACCAACAACGCAAACAACCCAGUCCCAAGUGACCCAACCCGCCAGACCCCCAUCAUCACAGCAACCGGAUGCUAGUCAGGAAGAGCGCAGUCAUCGUCGGACAGCGACUGAACAGAAACACGAUUACAAACGCUCGCAAAGCCAGACCCGAACCCGUAGUCAGACUCGUCAGCCGUCGAAUCCGAUACCUGUACGGCAAGCACGGAAUCAGAGCCGGACGCGGGAUUCGGCUGUUCAGAGCGGCGGAGGAGGAGGAGGAGGGAGUUCAAGCAGGAGCUUGAGCCUGACGCGCCACCCGAGCUCGGUCAGGAGCCAGAGCCAAGGGGCUACGACGAGGAGUUAUAACCAGCA